UCCAUUUAAGAGUGUUCUGUCAUCUAGAGAUUCCAGUGAAAGGCCAAGUAGCGUUGGGAAAGAAAUGAUGUUCACGCAAGGAGCACUUCAAGUGGCACAGCGACUAACGUCAAGAAGACUGACAACUCAAUGCAGACAGAAUCCAGCGCCUUCCAUCAAAUGUCUUCUAGCGCUUGGAAACGUUACACGCAACAGUCUCGGAGUGCAGAAGGAACACUGGGUCACGACCGGGUUCGAAACAGAGACAUUGAAGCUGAUAGAAGCAGAGGAAGAAAGUAUCUCACCAUCAACAGAAAGAAUGAUACCUACAAUGAACUUUUUGAUAAAUACAGCAGCUGCGAUGAACAAAAGUCCAAGCAAAAGAUUCUGACUGCCAGCUCUGAAGAAACUAAACAACCUGAUUUGAUUGAUCAUGAUUAUUCUGGUUAUCAAAGUGGCAAGAUUACCAGUCAUAAAGUUUCUUCAGAGCGCUUGUCGCAACAUUAUGAAGACAUGCGAAAGUUUCAAAGUUCCCGGUCAUCAGCCGUCUCUGGACUUACUUUAGGACAAAGUAAGAGGCCGGCAAGUACUCCGAGUGUUUUAUCUAAAGAUAGAGAAAACAUUUAUAAUUCCAGAGAUCAAGGAUCCAAUAGCUGGAAGAAGAAUUAUUUUGAUAAGGUGAUGGGAGGAUACCAAAUAAAUGAAUCUAGUCGGUUCGGUAGUUUUGGUGGAAGUAUUACAAGUACUCAGUCUUUGAAUAUUCCUAAAACCGGUCUUCUUUCUUACAAACUAGAUGCAGUUUGUAAAGGGAGUAAAGAAAAGACAACAGAGAAUGUUUCCGCCUAUACAGAUACCAUUGUAAAUGAUCAAUACUUGUUUGGUUCACCAACACACUCUGACAGAUUUGAAACAAUAUCCAAAAAUUAUGCUUUCAUGUCAUCGACUUUAAGCCUACGUGAACCUGAGCAUAGAGGCAGUCGAAGUGCUGUUUCAACGCCUUCUUCAGACAACGUCAUGAUGUCUUGGAUCCAGCCUUCAACGAAAGAACGCUCUCCAAAUCCACCAAGAUUAUCGUCUCGAAUAAAGCACGGCGAAGGGGACACUAGAAACCAAUCGUUUACUUCGAUAGAAAACCCUUGCGCUUGGAUCCGCUACAGUGAAGGUGCGACUGCUGGGUCAGUGCGUUCUGGAGCAAUUUCACGAAACUUGAGUAGUGAUGGUCAGAUUGAAGACGAGUUUAUGAAACCUUUAUCAACUAGAGUCCCUAACCAGGAUUCUCCACGAUCCUCUCUCCUACUUGCGCCAAUCAGCCAUUCAGCCCAGUCUCUUAGUGAUCGGUAUGCUAGCACUAUUUGUGCUUACACGGGAGGUUCUUCAUCUAAAAUUCUGAACAAGAAUGACGAAAUGCACUCUUCGUCUUUGUCACUUGUAUCAACGACUUCAUCUUUACACUUAGCGACAAAAGAGAAACACGCCCAAGAGAUCUCAAAGCUAAAGAAGGAAUUGGACCAGGCAAAUGAGAAAGUGGCUAAUUUAACCACGCAACUGACAACGAAUGCCCACAUGGUUGCAGCAUUCGAACAAAGCCUUUCCAACAUGACUGAUCGGUUUCAACACCUUACUGCAACGGCUGAACAGAAAGAUUCAGAGCUUGGAGAACUACGAAACACAAUCGAGGACCUGAAAAAACAGAGUACUGAAGCUGGUCUCACGAAGAUGGCGCUACAGUCAAUGCAAGCGGUCGAAAGGACUAUGCAAGGUAAAAUGUCAAGAUAUUUGUCCACAGAUUCUGUUUCUAGUGUCAACUCUCAGUCCAGCAUAUAUAGCACUUCUUCAGUAAGGUAUGAUAGUGCUGACGAUAAAGGGAAGAAAAAGAAAAAAGGCUGGUUGCGCAGUUCGUUCAGCAAGGCUUUUUCUCGUAGCAAAAAGAAUAAGAACGGGUCAGUGUCAGAUGUAGAGGAUUUGAAGCAGUUCCAGUCUGAUUCAUCUACAUCGAACACCCCUUCACUUGAACCAUAUCUACUGCAUGGACACUUCUUAAAUUCAUCUCAUUCGUUUUCAGCCCUUUAUGAAAAAGAAGAUGAAUGUUCACUAGAACUUAUGAAAGACCUAAGAAAACAGUUACGAGAAAAAGACAUGAUUCUUACCGAUAUUCGUCUUGAAGCUCUGACUUCAGCUCAUCAAAUAGAAAGCCUGAAAGAUAUUGUGAAUAAAAUGAAGGUUGAAAUGACAAAACUCAAACAAGAUAAUGAAAGACUGCAACGACUUGUGUCCUGCAAAUCUUUAAACUCGUCACAAAGAUCACUUACUAGUAAGGACAUUGUGAACAGUUUUGAGAAAUGUUUAAGUACCUCAGAAAACACAGGGCCCCCUAUUGUUGAUACAUACCUUAAUGAUGUAACCUCAGAUAGGGCUGGAAAAAAAAUCACUAUAUCAGCAUACUUGUGCUGCCAUGGGAAUUAUUGUAAAGUCAAAACACAGCAUAAG